AAAAGAAAAAUUUGAUUGAUUGCCCAUAAAUCAGGGAUAGUUUUCUAUAAAUCGUUUUGGACAUUCGGUUAAGAAGUAUUGUGUAUAACGAUUGUGAUACUUAAUGGGAUGGUUAUUAUGCUUGCACAGAAAAAUAAGAAUGAAUAUGAAGAGUAAUUUUAAAAUGAAUGUGGGGAUGAUGGAGAUGAUAUGAGAGGUGCAGAGGCUGACAGAGAGAGAAAUGUGGCUUCCAAAUCCUAAAGCAUCAGGGAUUAGAAAGGGGGGAGGAGGAGGGGGAAAUGGAUUGGUGGCAGUUGCUAUAGAUAAGGACAAAGGAAGCCAGUACGCUCUCAAAUGGGCCGCCGAUACUCUUCUUACCAGAGGUCAAACUAUUAUUCUAAUCCACGUUUUGCGCGGGACAUCCUCACCUGUUUCCCUAUGUAACAUCAACACUUCAUCUGCAUCUCCGCAGAGACACCAACUUGAUAACACUACCAAGGAUCUGUUUCUUACCUUCCAUUGCUAUUGUACACGAAAAGAUAUACAAUGCCUUGAUGUCCUACUUGAAGACACCGAUGUUGUGAAAGCAAUAACAGAAUAUGUUUCUCAUGAUGCAAUUGAGAACUUGGUGGUUGGUGCAACAUCAAGGCAUGGAUUUAUUAGAUUUAAGUCAUCAAGUACAUCAAGUAGCAUAUCAAAGGGGGCGCCAGACUUUUGUACUGUGUAUGUCAUUUCUAAGGGGAAAAUCUCCACAGUUCGGAAUGCUUCUCGUCCAGCUCCGCAUACAUCCCCACUUCUGAACCACAUUCAUAAUCUAAAUAACCAAGAUGGAAAUCAACCUGUCAUAUCCUCUAGACGCAUGAAUUUGAGAGGUUUUUUUCUCAGGUCUCCACUUGGAACAGAAAGAGGCGUGAGUGGAAUGUUAUGCGUGGACUUUGCAGAGUCAGAUACAGACAUGUCAUUUAUAAGCUCUGGGAGGCCAAGCAGUGGGCGGUCAUCCUCGGUUUAUGACUGCAUUGACUCGGGCCGAACUUCCCGACUUUCUACCAGCUCCGAUCGUAGCUUUGGAUCAACCCGAUUGGGUCUCAAGUUCAAAGAUCCCAGUUCACCAGAUAUGUCUUUCUCACAGGAAAGCUGUAGAACAUCGUUUUCAUAUUCAUCUCAGAACAUGGAUGAAGCAGAAGCUGAUAUGAGGAGGCUGAAGCUUGAGUUAAAGCAAACGAUGGAAAUGUACAGUACAGCAUGCAGAGAAGCACUUACAGCACAGCAGAAGUUAAUGGAGCUGAACCACUGGAGACUUGAGGAAGAAAAAAAAUUAGGAGAGACACGAUUGGCUCAGGAAGCUGCGCUGGCAAUUGCAGAGAAAGAGAAAGCAAGAUGUAGAGCUGCCAUGGAAACUGCUGAAGCAGCUAAGAAAAUUGCAGAGGUGGAAUCACAUAGAAGAGCGAGUGUUGAAGUUAAAGCUCUUAAAGAAGCAGAGGAAAUGAGGAAGUUAUUGGACAAUCUAGCCCAAACUGAUGUGAGAUACAGAAAAUACAGUAUUGAGGAGAUUGAAGUAGCCACAAACUUCUUUUCUGAAUCUUAUAAAAUUGGGGAAGGAGGUUACGGCCCUGUUUAUAAAUGUUACCUUGAUCACACUCCGGUUGCUGUCAAGGUUCUACGUCCAGAUGCUGCUCAAGGGAAGUCACAGUUUCAGCAAGAGAUUGACAUACUGAGCUGUAUGCGACACCCAAACAUGGUGCUUCUUCUAGGAGCAUGUCCAGAGUAUGGCAUAUUGAUUUAUGAAUAUAUGGCUAACGGAAGCUUAGAAGAUUGUCUGUUUCGAAAGCAGAGGAGCAGUGUUCUGUCUUGGCAGCUGAGGUUCCGAAUUGCUGCAGAGAUAGCCACGGGCUUACUAUUCCUGCAUCAGACCAAGCCUGAACCUUUAGUGCAUCCUGAUCUGAAACCAGGAAACAUUUUGCUAGACCAGAACUACGUAAGUAAGAUUAGCGAUGUGGGAUUGGCAAGGCUUCUCCCAGCUGUAGCAGAAAAUGUAACACAAUGCCGCAUGACAUCAGCAGCUGGAACUUUCUGUUAUAUUGAUCCUGAGUAUCAGCAAACAGGAAUGCUUGGUGUCAAGUCGGAUGUUUAUUCUCUGGGGAUCAUUUUUCUUCAAUUAUUGACAGGCAGGCCUCCAAUAGGAUUGGCUCACCGUGGUCAAGAGUCUAUAGAGAAGGGCAGGUUUGCAGAAAUGCUAGACCCAUCUGUCACUGAUUGGCCUCUUGAACAAGCCUUGUGCCUUGCAAACAUAGCAGUCAAGUGUGCGGAACUCAGGCGAAAAGAUAGGCCAGACCUUGGGAAAGUAGUGCUUCCAGAGCUGGAUAAGUUGAGAGAGUUUGCCGAAGAAAAGAUGAUGAUACCCAUCUUUUUAGGAUGUAAUGCACCUUCCCCCAACCACAGUCAAUCUUCCGUGCCACAGGAUGUGAUGAGCGAUCCGCGGCUUGUACAUUCGGGAAGCUCAUCAGCUCCAUCCACGCCCACAGAAGGAAAAUCUUAAACUCGUGCAGGGGGCAUCUGAACUAAAGCAAGUUUUUCCGGCUUAGAAAAAAUAAAAUCAAAAUCAA